AUGGACAUGUACGCUGAAAGCACUCCACGCAGGGGAAAGCGCUUGCGUUCAGCCUCAGGCGCCGCUGUUAUAGCUCCGCAGUCAGACAAUCGUCGACUCUCUAGCCCGAUUUCCAGCGAUGACCAAGCUGAAGAUGACGCUUACGAUACUCCUCCAGCACCACAACUCAAACGUCGUGGUCGCAAACCUGGGGCGCUUUCACGCGCAGCACGUGAAGCUCAGCGGAAGAUUAAUCAUUCCCUCAUUGAAAAAGCCAGGCGCACCAAAAUUAACGAUGCUCUGGCCGCAUUGAGAGUGCUUGUGCCUGCGGAAUACAAGCGAGUCAAUGAAACUGCAGAGGCCAGCGAUGAGGAUGAAGACGACGAACCUAAGAAGGGUAAAGGAAAGUCGAAGGCAGGAGAAAAGGAAUUCAAACUUGAGAUCCUGGUGCGGACAGUGGCGUACCUUCAGGACCUGACAGAGAAGGUGAAGCGCCUCGAGGAAGAUGGGUGCAAGCAGUGCAUUCACCAAUCUUCUUCCGACACCAGAGGGUCCAAGCGAAGGAAACAGGACGUUGAACAAGAAGAUGGUACAAGGACUGAAGUGGAGGACUCUUCCCCUUGCUUGCCAUCCAUUUCUACCUGGCUUCCACAUUCAUCGCAGGAACGGACUCAAAGAGCCCUGACUUCGUCCAAGUCACCAUCCACCCGGCCAGUUCCGAGCUCCUCAAAAUCUCCAUCACAGCAGCUCCCAACACCUCCAACUUCUGCAACAUUCACGGCCUCCUCCGUCUUCGGAGUCCCACCUGUUCUGACCCUCCCUUCUCCGAGUACACUCCUUCCGCAAUCUGGGACACAGAUUCAACCUUGUUUUUCGGGUUUUGUUCCACGACGGAGUCCCAGUGAUACAGCAUCAUCCUCGCCAGUGUACACUCCAGAGGAUGAAACUGCCGCAUCGCUAUUGUUGCGCAUCAGUGCCUCCACGCUCUUGACUUCACCACAACUGUCGCCAAAGCUGGCAUCCCCGUCGAGUCCAGCGAACGAGUCACGAACAGGACAUCCACGAGAGGAGCCUGUCCAAGCACUGACACCAAGCCAUCUAUUGGGUUUUACGGCGGGAAAGUGA